AUAUAUUCACGGGGCAGCAAGAUGGCUUCCGCCAGCAGGGUCGUGCAGGUAGUGAAGCCACAUGCUCCAUUAAUAAGGUUCCCUGACAGAAGAGACACUCCUAAACUCAGUGCCUCAGAAGCUUUGAGAUCUGCUGGGCUACCGUCUCACUCAUCUGUAAUUUCACAGCAUUCUAAAGGAAGUAUAUCCCCAGACUUGCUGGCGCAUCCCGGGCCUCCAGACACUGCAGAAAUACUAAAGACAUUACCUCAGAAAUACAGAAGGAAACCUAUGUCUCAAGAAGAAAUGGAAUUUAUCCAGCGUGGAGGUCCAGAAUGAUCACUGUGGCUGCUGUUUGUCAUCAGACAAAAGAAUUAUCUUUACAAUAAAGGACUUCCAAAGUGUCAAGUGAAAAUUGUAUAUUAAACAACCUUAAUAAAUAUUCUGCAAAAAGAA